AUGCGUUUCACCACUCCACUCCUCACCUCCCUCCUUCUGGGCCUCACCCUGACUCACUCAGCCUUGGCCUCGCCCGCGGCCUCCUCCAAGCCGAACGAGGACCUCAAGUUCAUCAAGCGUUCUCACCACUCGCACCACUCCUCCCCACCCUCCAGCCGUGGUGGUGGUAUGUUCGGCAGCUCCUCCGGCUCGAUGCUGCGCACCGUUGCUGGGGGCACGGCUCUUGCCGGUGGAGCAGUCUUUGCCGGUACCGCGGGCGGCAUUGCUGCGCACCACCUGUUCGAUGACCACGAAAGGGACGAGUCGCCUCGACGAGAGGAACGUCAGGAGGACGACAGGGUGCAGCAGAAGGUGCCGAUGGCCCAGCAGCUGGGCGUGGAAGGUGUGAAUGCGAAUGGUAGGGUGGAAAAGGGACAGGUUUAUCCUGUGGCCGUGUUGAUGUCCGAUGGCAGUUUCCGGGCUGUUCCGAACGAUAACGGUGGGGGCCAAACGGUGCCGCCUCCGUUCAUUCAGACGGCUCCGGUGUCGGGUCAGACUGGAGGUGAUCAGACUCAGACUGGCACUGGUGGUGCCGCCGGUAGCGGCGGAUCUGGUGCCCCGUUCAUCUUCCCUGAUGGCAACUGA